AACCGGCCGGAUGAGAAACCAUAGAGAGCGGAAAUGGGCCCCAGCUUCUUCCGGUCCUAGGUUCCAAGCCAGCGCCCUCGCCGGUUCGGAGGGGAAGUGACGCUGCUGCUGGGAAGAUGGCUGCGGCGGCUACUGUCCCAACCCCAGUCACGGCCUCGGCCACUGCGACGGCCACGGUAGCGGCUCUCGGGGAAGUGGAGGAUGAAGGGCUCCUGGCUUCGCUGUUCCGGGACCGCUUCCCCGAGGCUCAGUGGCGAGAGCGGCCCGAUGUGGGCCGCUACCUCCGGGAGUUGAGCGGCUCCGGGCUGGAGAGGCUGCGGCGCGAGCCCGAGCGCCUGGCGGAGGAGCGGGCGCAGCUGCUGCAGCAGACGCGCGAUUUGGCCUUCGCCAACUACAAGACCUUCAUCCGCGGCGCCGAGUGCACCGAGCGCAUCCACCGCCUCUUUGGCGACGUGGAGGCGUCACUCGGCCGCCUGCUCGACCGCUUGCCCAGUUUCCAGCAGAGCUGCAGGAACUUUGUGACGGAAGCAGAGGAGAUCAGCACCAACCGACGGAUGAACACCCUGACACUAAAUCGGCACACAGAAAUCCUGGAAAUACUGGAGAUUCCUCAACUAAUGGACACUUGCGUCCGGAACAGCUAUUAUGAAGAGGCCCUGGAGCUUGCAGCUUAUGUACGCCGACUGGAAAGGAAAUACUCUUCCAUCCCUGUCAUUCAGGGCAUCGUGAACGAAGUGCGCCAGUCCAUGCAGCUGAUGCUGAGCCAGCUGAUCCAGCAACUGAGGACCAACGUCCAGCUUCCCGCCUGCCUCCGUGUCAUUGGCUACCUGCGGCGCAUGGAUGUCUUCACCGAGGCAGAGCUGAGAGUGAAGUUUCUUCAGGCCCGAGAUGCUUGGCUCCGUUCCAUCCUGACUGCCAUCCCUAACGAUGAUCCCUAUUUCCAUAUCACAAAAACCAUCGAGGCCUGCCGUGUCCACCUCUUCGAUAUCAUCACCCAGUAUCGUGCCAUCUUCUCAGACGAGGACCCACUGCUGCCCCCUGCAGUGGGUGAGCACACCGUGAAUGAGAGUGCCAUCUUCCAUGGCUGGGUGCUACAGAAAGUCUCACAGUUCCUGCAGGUUCUGGAGACCGACCUUUACCGGGGGAUAGGCAGCCGCCUGGACUCUCUGCUGGGCCAGUGCAUGUACUUUGGGCUGUCCUUCAGCCGGGUCGGGGCUGAUUUCCGGGGCCAGUUAGCGCCCAUUUUCCAGCGGGUGGCCAUCAGCACUUUCCAGAAAGCAAUUCAGGAAGCAGUGGAGAAAUUCCAGGAUGAAAUGAACUCCUACACCCUCAUCUCAGCUCCAGCCAUCCUGGGCGGCAGUACCAUGCCUGCUGCUGUGCCAGCCACCCAGCCAGGGACGCUGCAGCCGCCAAUGGUGCUCUUAGACUUCCCACCCCUUGCCUGCUUCCUCAACAAUAUUCUGGUUGCCUUCAAUGAUCUGCGCCUCUGCUGCCCCGUGGCCCUGGCGCAGGAUGUGACUGGGACCUUGGAAGAUGCCCUUGCCAAGGUAACCAAAAUAAUCCUGGCCUUCCAUCGCGCUGAAGAGGCUGCCUUCACCAGUGGGGAGCAAGAGCUCUUUGUCCAGUUCUGCACUGUCUUUCUGGAAGACCUUGUUCCUUAUUUAAAUCGCUGUCUCCAAGUCCUUUUUCCACCAGCUCAGAUAGCACAGACUUUAGGCAUUCCACCCACUCAGCUCUCCAAAUACGGAGACCUUGGGCAUGUGAACAUGAGCGUCGUGCAGGAGCCGCUCGCCUUUAUCCUGCCAAAGAAAGAAGCGGUCUUCCCUCUAGAUGAAAAGGAGCUAGUGCCUGAGCUCACCCCGCCAGCACUGGAGCUUCCAGGCGAGGAGCCCAGCCUCGAACCUGUCCCCCCAGCCUGCCCCGAGAGUGGGCAACAGGAGGUGGAAUCAGCGGAGCCCCCGCAGGGGGAGCCGCCUGCUGUGGGGACUUAGUGGGACCUAUGCAGCACCCAGUGCACGGGCGGCGGGACGGGCAGGCAGGUCUGCGGGGAAGGAGAGCGGCGGGGUGGGGGCCGCCGCGCCCAGCAGUGCACGGGGCAGGCUCCGAGAGGGUGCGAAGGUGGUGGUGGGAGAUGACGGGCGGCUGAGGGGGACCCAUGUACAUGGUGGAGCUAAACAAUAAAA